AUGCGAAAGUCGUUCGACGCAAAACGAUUUAUUCACGAAGGUGCAGUUACUAAAGUUCCAGACAUUGUUGAGAAACGACCACCACCUCAGGACCUUUCUGCAGAUACCCUGAAGGCUCUCGAUUGGAUACUACAGAACAUCACAAAGGUCACAAGAAGGCGAAGAAUCAUACAAGAAGGCACUCACUUUGAACUCAACACACGCGGACGCAUCGGACGGCAAAGGGUUUCCUGGUCCCUGCAGCUUUUCGCAUCGAGUGAUAACACGGACAUAGUCAAACCUUUCAGAGGUAAAAGCGCCAGGAAAAACUCGAAAGAGGUACGUUAUUGGAAUUGCCAUGCUUCAGAUACAGGAGACACAUUCUGCUGUGGU